UGCAUUAAGUAUUAAAAAGACAGUGGGCUCUGCGAUUUGAAGGUUGAUAUAGAUGUUCGGUAUUUUGAAGAAAGCUUUGCAGUAUCGGUUUUAAUUGUUUAUUUUGAUAAUAAUAAUAAUUUACAUCACAUUUACAUCAUGGGUGCCAAGUCUCUAAACUGUCUUAAACAGUUAAUGAGAGCGAUGGUUGAUUGUCCUGGCUUUGAUCGAGUAUUAAGUAAGGUGGAUCUUGUUUCAGCUAGCCCUGGAAAGGUGGUUUGUGAACUGAAAGUGGAAGAGGAGCACACAAACCGUGGAGGCACGCUGCAUGGGGGCUUGACUGCAACCCUGGUAGAUGUGAUUUCAACAACAGCAUUGCUGUACACAGAGCGUGGAGCCCCAGGUGUCAGUGUGGACAUGAAUAUAACGUACAUGAAUGCAGCAAAGAUCGGUGAAGAUGUUCUUAUUACGGCACAGGUUCUGAAACAAGGCAAAACUCUUGCUUUUACUACUGUAGAUGUGACCAGCAAAGCUACUGGAAAACUCAUUGCUCAAGGACGACAUACAAAGCACCUAGGAAACUAAUAUGGGCAGCAGUGUGGCGUAGUGGUUAGGGCUCUGGACUCUUGACCAGAGGGUUGUGGGUUCAGUCCCUGGUAGGGGACACUGCUGCUGUACCCUUGAGCAAGGUACUUUACCUAAAUUGCUCCAGUAAAAACCCAACUGUAUAAAUGGGUAAUUGUAUGAAAAAAAAUAAUGUGAUAUCUUGUAACAAUUGUAAGUCGCCCUGGAUAAGGGCGUCUGCUAAGAAAUAAAAAUAAAUAAAUAAAUAAAUAAUAUGCCAAUGGCUCAUUCAAUUAAAACAUAACAUUUGUUAUACCGAUAAAGCAUCAGAUCUUUUACAAUACGGCUGUAAAUAUCAAAGGAAUCAAUUAAUGUGUAUAUUUCUGCAAUAUCUGCUAGCCUGAAUGUAAAGUCUAAAUUCUUAAAAACAAAUAAAAAUACAAAAACUUG